ACACACACACACACACACACACACACACACACACACACACACACACACACACACACACACACUCACACGCACGCACACAGUCGGUACAUCCACAGUUUUGGCAGGAUAAUAGCCUCCUGAUUGCCACCCUGUAAUCACAUCUGAACUUGGGCAAACACAUCUGUUCUGCACCGCUCAUCUGCCGUACUGCGUGGGCACGCACCUGACCCACCUGUCAGCGAUGACAUCACACAGCCACCAAGAGGGGAUCCUGGGGAAGGAGCAGUCGCUGGAGCUUCUGAAGACAUCGGCGCUCAACCACAUCCCAACAGUGGACAUCAACUCGGCGCUGCCCCUGCGUCUCCCUCCAGCCGCCAUUCCCAUGGACCUGCGCGUGGACCAUCACCAGCAGCAGCAGCAGGUGUCCUCGCUCUCCCCGCCCAGUCAGCAGUCGUCCUGCCCGGCCGGCGGCGGCGGCAGUGUGGUGGGGGCCUCGGUGCGCGAGCAGCAGCUGCAGCAGGAGCUGCUGACCCUGAAGCAGAAGCAGCAGAUCCAGCGGCAGAUCCUCAUCGCCGAGUUCCAGCGGCAGCACGAGCAGCUGUCCCGCCAGCACGAGGCCCAGCUCCAGGAACACAUCAAGCAGCAGCAAGAGCUUCUGGCAUUGAAGCACCAGCAGGAGCUGCUGGAGCACCAGAGGAAGAUGGAGAACCACCGGCUGGAGCAGGAGCUGGAGAAGCAGCAGAGGGAGCAGAAGCUGCUGCUGCUGAAGAACAAGGAGAGGGGACAGGAGAGUGCAGUGGCGAGUACUGAGGUGAAGAUGCGGCUCCAGGAGUUUGUCCUAAACAAGAAGAAGGCCCUGGCCCAGCGGAGCCUCAACCAAGGAGGCCUCCACAAUGACGCUCCCUACUGGUACCGAAAAACCCAGCACAGCUCCCUGGACCAGAGCUCGCCUCCACAGACUGGUCUGUCCACCUACAACCACCCUGUGCUGGGUGUCUACAACCCCCGGGAUGACUUCCCACUGCGAAAGACUGCCUCGGAGCCCAACCUGAAGCUGCGCUCCAGGCUGAAGCAGAAAGUAAGCGAGCGGAGGAGCAGUCCGCUGCUGCGUCGUCGAGACAGCCCCAUCACCACCGCCAAGAAACGCUCACUCGACAUGGCAGACUCUGCGUGUAGCAGCGCCCCCGGCUCAGGCCCAAGCUCCCCGAAUAAUAGCUCCAACAACAUCCCCAAUGAGAACGGCAUCACUGUGUCAGUCUCCAACAGUAUGGAGACGUCUCUUGCCCAGAGGCUGUGCGGCGGUGCUGAGCGUGGCUCCAUUAACCAGCUGUCCCUCUACACUUCACCAUCUUUACCCAACAUCACCCUGGGGCUGCCCGCCACUGCCACGUCCACUGCUGCUUCCAAUGUGACUUCGGCCCAGCAGGAUGGAGGUCUGCAGCCGGCCCUCUCCCUCAGCCCUCCCUUCCUCUCCGGCGGCCACUUGACCCCCUACCUGGCCGAGGCCGGAGCGGGAACAGGCGGGCACGGCGCGCACAGUCCACUGCUUCAACACAUGGUGCUCAUGGACCAGAGCCCGGCACAGAGCCCCCUGGUGACAGGUGUGAGCGGCCUGUCUAUGUCCCCAGCGGCAUCCAUGGCCAAGCUGCAGCGGCAGCACCGGCCACUGGGGCGGACCCAGUCGGCCCCUCUGCCUCAAGGGAGCGCGGCGCAGGCUCACGCCCAAGCCCUGGCCCUGCAGCAGCUGGUGGUGCAACAGCAGCACCAGCAGUUCCUGGAGAAGCACAAGCAGCAGUUUCAGCAGCAGCAGCUCCACCUCAACAAGAUGAUGACCAAGCCCAGCGAGUCACCCGUGGGCCGCCAGCACCAGAGCCACCCGGAGGAGACGGAGGAGGAGCUGAGGGAACACCAGGAUGGUGGAGCUCUGCCGCCGGGGGUCACCAUCAAGCAGGAGCCCCCCGACCCUCAGGAGCUGCAGGAGGAGGCGCUGCAGCAGCACAUGGAGCGGGAUAGGCAGAUGGAGCAGGAACUGCUCUUCAGACAGCAGGCCCUGUUGUUGGAGCAGCAGCGGAUUCAUCAGCUGAGAAACUAUCAGGCCUCCAUGGAGGCUGCCGGCCUGUCCAUCUCCUUCCCAGGACACCGCCCCCUGUCCAGGGCCCAGUCGUCUCCGGCCUCAGCCUCCUCCUUCCCAAUCAGCGUCCCGGCCCCCGACCCUCCUGUCAAACCCCGCUUCACCACAGGCCUGGUGUACGACUCUCUAAUGCAGAAGCACCAGUGUAUGUGUGGAAACACCAACAGUCACCCGGAGCACGCAGGCCGGAUUCAGAGCAUUUGGUCUCGGCUGCAGGAGACCGGACUCAGAGCGCAGUGUGAGUGUAUCCGUGGGAGGAAGGCCACUCUGGAAGAGCUGCAGACAGUUCACUCUGAAGCCCACGUCCUGCUGUACGGAACCAACCCUCUCCGACAGAAACUUGAUUGUUCAGUCACUCCCAUGUUUGUACGGCUACCGUGCGGAGGGUUAGGGGUGGACAGUGACACCAUUUGGAACGAGGUCCACUCCUCCAGUGCGGCGCGACUCGCUGUCGGCUCUGUGGUGGAGGUGGUUUUCAAAGUGGCUACCGGAGAGCUGAAGAAUGGUUUCGCUGUGGUCCGCCCUCCUGGACACCACGCAGAGGAAAGCACUCCCAUGGGUUUCUGCUACUUCAACUCGGUGGCCAUCGCAGCCAAACUGCUGCAGCAGAGACUCAACGUCAGCAAGAUCCUCAUCGUGGACUGGGACGUUCACCAUGGCAACGGCACCCAGCAAGCGUUCUAUGAUGACCCCAAUGUCCUUUACCUGUCUAUUCAUCGCUAUGACGACGGCAACUUCUUCCCUGGAAGUGGAGCACCUGAUGAGGUGGGCAGUGGGCCCGGUGUCGGGUUCAACGUUAACGUUGCUUUCACUGGAGGCCUGGAUCCACCCAUGGGAGAUGUAGAGUACCUGGCUGCCUUCAGGUCAGUGGUGAUGCCCAUAGCCAAUGAGUUUGCCCCGGACAUCGUGCUGGUCUCCUCUGGCUUCGACGCUGUGGAGGGACACCCUCCACCGCUGGGCGGCUACACUUUGACGUCCAAAUGUUUUGGUUAUCUGACCAGGCAGCUGAUGACCCUCGCUGGAGGCCGGGUGGUCCUGGCUCUGGAGGGGGGUCACGACCUCACCGCCAUCUGCGACGCCUCGGAGGCCUGCGUGGCCGCCCUGCUAGGCCAAGAGCUGGACCCGCUGCCAAAGGCCACCCUCGAGCAGAGGCCCAACCCCAACGCUGUUCGCUCUCUGGAGAAAGUUUUAGAGACUCACAGCAAGUACUGGUGCUCGGUGCAUCGCUACUCACCGCUGCUGGGACUUUCCCUGCUGGAGGCCAAACGAGGAGACUCAGAGGAGGCUGAAGCUGUCAGUGCCAUGGCCUCUCUGUCCGUGGCCACCACCAACGCCAUGGAUCAGAGCAGGCCAGAGGAGGAACCCAUGGAAGAGGAGGAACCACUGUAACGGAGGGAAACGUGAGGGUGUCACACUGUUAAUCAUUGACCUCUCCGGAGAAGAGUCUCGACUGAUCCCUUCUUUUAGUCCCCCUAACCCCACUCACCGCGUCAGUCACCUUGAUUGGCAGCCCCUCGGUCAAAACGAGGGAGAGGGGGUGGGCUCAGCCUCAGAGUAGGGAGCCAAUCAGGAGACAGAGGACUGAAUUGGGGAGGGGGGGGGGGAAUUAAACAUAACAGCGCUGCUUGGCGGCACUCGCUCAGAGACACUCAUUAUUGUUUUCUUUCAGUCUUCGCACCCCCCACUUUAGCCCACAGCGGCUAACUGAGUGACCAAGGCAGAGAGGGGAGAGGGCGAGCGUAUGUGGAGUUGCGGGGGGUGUGUGAGAUCAGGUCUCGUCAUAGAAAAGGUGCGAUGAACUGCGGAAACAUACGGUGCUUUACACAGCUGACCACAAGGAUACCAGGGACAGCAGACCGUUCCUGGCUGUUUAAACACAGCUCGGGAGUUUUCUUUUCUCUUUUUUCUCAACUGUUUUUUCCCGACAAAAACAAAGGGCACCGUGGCAACUGAGAUCAUAUUUUACAAGAUGCGUUCACUGUGGACUUUGGUUGGCCGAAGUUUGAGUAGGCUCUUACAAAGAUUUGAUAACAAGACUGUCGCCUCGCCGGACCAGCCUGUCGUUGAAGGUUGACGAGUGAGAGGAGUGCCUUGGUGAGGGUCCGCCGGAUUUCAGGAUUGUUCAGGAAAAGAUUGCCUUAAGAUUAAAAAGAUUCUCGCCAAAGGAAUCGGUGCGGGGGAAGGAGACGGGAGAGUUUCCGGUCCUUUUUUUGGUGGGGCGAGAAUGACAAAAAUAAAGCAAACAAUCUUUCAGCAUGUUUACUUGGAACGUGAUGAAGACACCAUUUACGUCUCUCACAGCCUCUCUUAAAGAGUUAACUUUACUUUUGGAUGGAUCUAUUUUUCUGUAAAAAAGGAAAAACGCUUUGUAAAGGUAGUUGCCAGCUUCAGUAGAAAACGGUGCAAACAUGGAGACCUUCAAACAAGUAAAUCAGAUUGAAAAGUAUC